UGUUUAUUUUUUAUCCAUUGGAUAAAGAGGCGCACAGAGGAAACCCUAGAUUUCGAGGAAGGCGAAUAGGAGAAAUUCGGAAGACGAAACCAUGGCAGGAGUUGGACCGAUGACUCAGGAUUGGGAGCCGGUGGUGAUCCGCAAGAAGGCUCCCAACUCCGCCGCCAAGCGCGACGAGAAGGCCGUCAACGCCGCUCGCCGAACCGGCGCCGAGAUCGAGACCGUCAGAAAAUUCAAUGGUGGGACAAACAAGGCGGCAUCAAGCAGCACAUCUCUGAACACAAAGAAGCUAGAUGAUGAUACCGAGAACCUUACUCAUGACCGUGUUCCUACUGAGCUAAAGAAGGCCAUCAUGCAAGCCCGCACGGAAAAGAAACUGACACAGGCUCAACUUGCUCAAAUAAUCAAUGAGAAGCCACAGGUGAUCCAAGAGUAUGAAUCUGGGAAAGCGAUUCCGAAUCAGCAGAUACUUUCGAAGCUGGAGAGGGCACUUGGGGCGAAACUGCGUGGAAAGAAGUGAACAGCAAUCCAUAAGCUGUAGAGGAAAUCUAUGGUGCUGGUUUAAUGGCGUGGGUGUGGGAAGGAGUCAUUAUUUCUGGUUUAAGAAAACUGUUGGAAUGCGUUCUGGGGAUGGAUCAAACUCGUCUUCGGAACAUUGUUAGUAUAAAUAAUCUUAUAUCUGCAGUGUGUCACGUCCUGGAAACUUGAACUGCUCUUUUCAUAUAUGAAAGAUGAGAUGGCCGUAGAGAA